AAGUUUCACUUCAAAAAUGGUACCCGCCUGGGGGAUUCGAGCACCGUUGCAUCACUCGACACGAAUGCACGGGCGUCUUAUUCUUUAGGCCACGACGACAUAUGAAAAAGGAUUAUUAAGUGUCAUUAUUAAGUGUCCUUUAUGAGAGAAUAUCAUAAGUUCUAACAAAUCUAUUUUAUGCAUUCCUUUAAAGACCAAAUCUAAGGACAAUACGAAGGUAAUUUCCGUUCUAACGUCCUACAUUUGUAGUAAGCUUACUAACCUCUUAUUAUUUAGCCCUUUUGUUAUAGUUUAUUUGUUAAUUGAUCAUUUAACAUAAACAAAUGAUUACGAAGUAGAAACUGGGCCUUAAAUCAUAAUGUUUACUUACGAUCUUUUUCAAGGUAAAGUCAGUUUUAUCUUAAGCUUGUACUAGUUUCGUCAUGUACACAAGAGACAUGAAUAUUUACAUUAAAAUAAUUAUAUUGACUUCAAGCUGUGCGUCGAUUUUGUGUUAUGAUCUUUAUUUGGGUUCGGAUUUCGGUGCCCGUAUGUCUUACAGGGAAGUGAAGAAGCAAGGUUUACUGUUUUUCAAACGUUCUGAGAGUUUAACAUUUGAAUACCCAGAAGGAACUAAUAUUACUGGGAUAGCGUGCGUAGAUUUAUCGCCAAACAAAAUGGGUUCCGUUACUGUGGAAGAAGGUGGAAUUGGUUUUAAUAGUGUUAGUCUGUACUUAGAGAGUGAAAGAAGCGCUAGUUUGAGGUAUACAGUUGAAAUUUAUAUACCUUCGUUCAUAAAACACACAUCGGAUCAGAACCGUAUUGGUGUUGUGUUUCGAUAUAAAAUUUAAAUUAUUCUAUUAGUAUUGUUUUUAAAUUGGUAUGGUAUUUAAAUUUAUAUCAAUAGAAUAAACCAUAACUUAAUUAUUUUAUGAAUUUUUGUUUUGUUUGAUUAACCUUAAUAUUUGCUCAAUAAAUUAGGUAAUACAUACUAAAUUAAAAUAACAAAUUAAUUUGUAAGCUCUCAUCGAUAAUAAAACGCAGCACAUCAUGUCAUCAUAACAUGCCGACCAAUAAUCAAACGUCAACUGUCAACACAAACGUCAACUCCGUUAAACAAUUCGGCAACAAGUCCGGUGAUUGUUGGAAAUAUUAAUAUUUCCAAGGAAUUAUCAGUUGAUUUUCAUAUUAAAAUGUCGGAAAAUGGGUACCACGAUGCGUAAGAAAACUCAAGUGUCGUUUGUUAUUCGUGACGAAGAAGAAAGGAAGCAUAAAAACGGUGUAAGCUCAUUGCAGCUCGAUCCCGUCCAGGGUAGGCUAUAUUCAGCCGGCAGAGAUGGAAUUAUUAGGGUAUGGAACACUGCGACAGGCGUACAAGAUAGAUACAUUCAAAGUAUGGAACACCACACCGAUUGGGUUAACGAUAUAGUGCUGUGCUGCGGCGGAAAAAAUCUUAUUAGUGCAUCUUCUGAUACAACCGUAAAGGUAUGGAACGCCCCCAAGGGCUUUUGCAUGUCGACUUUACGAACUCACAAAGACUACGUACGGACUCUAGCAUACGCUAAAGAUAAGGAACAGGUGGCUAGUGCUGGCUUAGACCGAGCUAUAUUCCUGUGGGACGUGAACACUUUGACUGCAUUAACUGCCAGUAAUAACACAGUUACGACGUCAAGUCUCGUCGGCAACAAAGAAUCAAUAUACAGCUUAGCCAUGAAUCCACCAGGCACAGUUCUUGUUAGUGGUUCUACAGAGAAAGUCCUCAGGGUUUGGGACCCUCGUAAUUGCUCUAGACUUAUGAAGUUGAAAGGGCAUUGUGAUAAUGUUAAAGCACUGGUCGUAAGCCGAGAUGGAACUCAAUGUGUCUCAGGAAGUUCGGACGGCACAAUAAAAUUGUGGUCUGUGUCACAGCAAAGGUGUGUUUCGACAAUCCGAGUCCAUUCAGAGGCGGUAUGGGCAUUAAUAGCUACCGAUACCUUUUCUCAUGUCAUAUCUGGAGGCCGCGAUCGCCUAGUCAUUAUAACGGAAUUACGGAAUCCAGAAAACUUUAUGAUUGUCUGUGAGGAGACAAGUCCCAUUCUCAAAUUAUGCUUUACAGCUGACCAGCAAGGAAUAUGGGUGUCGACGUCUGAUUCAGAUGUUCGUUGCUGGAAACUACCGCCAUUAUCAACAUUGACUUCAGAGACAUACGACCAGAACAGUUACAACACUAAUAAUGUCUAUCAAAGAAUGCCAUUACAUAACAUUCCUGGUGGACCUGCAAUAAGGCAUUUCACAGUAUUGAAUGAUAAAAGACAUGUCAUAACAAAAGACUCCGCUAAUAAUAUAGCUUUAUUUGAUGUUUUGAAAGCGUGUAAACUUGAGGACUUGGGUCAAGUAGACUAUGAGGAAGAAGUGAAGAAAAGGUUUAAGAUGGUGUAUGUACCAAAUUGGUUUAAUGUUGACUUGAAGACUGGAAUGCUGACGAUACAUCUGGGUCAGGAUGAAACAGAUUGCCUGAGCGCUUGGGUCAGUGCCAAAGAAGCUGGAUUGACUAUAGAAAACGAUCAGAAAGUUAACUUCGGUGCUUUACUCCUGCAAGCUCUGUUGGAGCAUUGGAACCAUCGAAACCGAGUGAAUGAGGCGGGUCAGAGGGUGGUCGGAAACAAUUACUUUAGUGUACCUUUGCACACUCCUCUUAUUUUCAGUGAAGUCGGAGGAAGAACACUAUAUAGGUUACAGGUUGGUGAUGCAGGCGGUGAGACUGAAGGAAACCUGCUUGGAGAAACAGUACCCUCGUGGGUUGAGGAUGUCGCUAUAGAAUUAGCUGCUCCCAAGCUAAACAAGCUCCCGUUUUAUUUGCUCCCACAUUCUAGCUGUCAGAGCAAGCAGGAUCGACAGAAGAAGCAGGAUCGUCUGGUUGCCAAUGAUUUCAUACAAUGCCGCAAGAUUGCCGAACAUGUCGUGGAAAAAAUAGUUGGCGGUGGGGAUGUAAAUGGGGCCAGUGCGGGAAGCGGAAAGGGGAGUGCUAAUGAGGACAGCGGAAACGAUGGCUCCCCUGAGGAAAAAGUUGAGCUGCUGUGUUGCGAUCAGGUCCUGGACCCAAAUAUGGACCUAAGAACGGUCCGCCAUUUCAUUUGGAAGUCCAACGUCGAGUUCACGCUACACUAUCGUAUAUUAAAACAAUGAAAUACGCAUAACUUCAGCGAGUGCAGAACGCAACUAAAGAAGUGCCUAAUGUUUCGUUGUGUGCUUGAAUAAUGCGCGAAACGAGGUCGCUUUGUGGUCACACUGAAACGUCAAAUCUGUCAUCUGUCAACGUCAACGCUAAAAAUGUCAGUUGGCGAAACGUCAGAUUUCGUUGUGGUAAGGAUUUCUCCGGUGCUGCCAGACUUGGAGUUUUUUGUAUAAUCAUUGGAAACGGAAAUUUAUAAAAUAUUUGAUGCAUUGCGAAUAUUCUUAUUAGCUAAUUUAAAUGUUAAAAUAUAGCAAUAGGAUAAUAAAUCUUCAUCAAUGAAAUAGAGAAAAAAUAAAGACAUUUACGAGACUUCAUGACAUGUUUUUCUUCGAACUAGGUAUAAGAGGAAUAUUUCUGUUCUACCGUGAAAUCAUAUUAAAUCUGUCAUUGGUCAUCUGAUUGAAACGAAGUCAUAAUUAGUGAUUUUUAAUUAGCCCGCAAUAUUGCCAACAACAAUAUAAUGUAUGAUAAUUGACAAUCUACGUAGAAUAAUAAUUGAAAUAAUUUAAAUAAAGCAUGUAAAUGUUAA